AUGGCCGAGACCAAGCGCAGCCGUGUCUUCUUCGACAUCAACAUUGGCAAGACCAAUGCUGGCCGUGUCACUUUCGAGUUGUACAACGAUGUUGUUCCCAAGACUGCCGAUAACUUCCGCGCAUUGUGCACCGGCGAGAAGGGCGAGGGAAAGAACGGCAAGCCCCUCCACUACAAGGGCUCUGGUUUCCACCGUGUCAUCAAGUCUUUCAUGAUCCAGGGUGGUGACUUCACUGCUGGCAACGGAACUGGUGGUGAGAGUAUCUACGGAGAGAAGUUCGAGGAUGAGAACUUUGAACUCAAGCACGAGAAGCCCUUCCUGUUGAGCAUGGCCAAUGCUGGUCCUGGCACCAACGGCUCCCAAUUCUUCGUCACCACCGUUCCCACUCCCCACCUUGACGGAAAGCACGUUGUCUUCGGAGAGGUCCUCGGCGGCAAGAGCAUCAUUCGCACUAUCGAGAACACACCCUGCGGCCCCAACGACAAGCCCAACAAGGAAUGCGUAAUCGUCGACUGCGGUGAGCUCACUGGAGAGGACUACAACAAGGCCGCCGAGAAAGUUCCCGACAGCACUGGAGACCCCUACGAAGACUUCCCCGAAGACCAGGGCGAGGACAUCCCUGGACUCGAGAUUGUCAAGAUUGCCAACGACCUGAAGACCAGGGGAACCGAUGCUUUCAAGAGGGGAGACAUUGCUCUCGGUCUCGCCAAGUACCAGAAGGGACUGAGAUACCUGCACGAAUACCCCGAGGCUCUCGAGAACGACCCACCAGAGCUUGGCCCUGCUUUGGCUUCGCUCAGAAUCGCUCUUCACUCCAACAGCGCUCUCUUGCAACUCAAGCUCAACGACUACGCCGACGCCGAGAAGUCUGCCACCAACGCUAUCGCAGUCUCCUCAAUCAAGGCACCGGAAAAGGGCAAGGCUCUGUACCGCCGCGCUCUGGCAAGAGAGGGUCUCAAGAAUGAGGAGGACGCAGUUGCAGACUUGGAAGAGGCCCUCAAGGUUGUGCCUGAUGAUGCAGCAGUCAAGAACGAACUGGCCGCCGUCAAGAAGGCUGCUACCGACAGAGCAAAGAAGGAGAAGGCUGCCUACAGCAAGUUCUUCUCUUAG